ACACUUGCCUCAGGUAGACAAGAGUUCUUUCUCCCACCCUGAACAUCAUUUCACAGAUAUAUAAACCCCACUUGCCUAACUUAUUUCGGAGUAAACUUCACGUCCAGAGCCGUGCUCUCCUUCAAGCAAUUCCCUCUCCUUAGGCCGCUCUUCCGCUGGGCACCUGCAGGGGGCGCGGUGGACUUGGGGGCGGGGCCUGUUGCCAAGGCGCCGCGAUGUCAACAGUCUCGCUCCGCGCCGCUUUCUUCCGGCCUGCGCGGCCAUGGAGAGCCGGGCCACGGGCUUUCCUGGGUUAGGAAUAAGCACUCAGGAACUUGAGAAAAGGGUCUCAUUUCGACAGUCCCUCCAGACUUUAAAAAGCCAAAAAAGUAUUCCUGCCUUGAAUGCAUCAUCUCAGAAGGUAUCACUCCUGAAGAAACAGAAAACUCUGGGUCGUUCUAGCAGCCAGUUGUCUUCAUGGCCUUCGUAUGCCCCGGGACAAGUGAUCCUGCAGAACCGAAAACCUUGUACUCUUCCUGAAUGGCAACGCACCACUAAAGAUACCAUAUCUAGUUCUAUUGCAAAGCCACGCUACCUUGAAGAACUGGAAUGCUAUCUGUGGAAAGAGCUGCAAGUUCUGGAUCUUACUAAAGGGAAAGUUCAGGAACUGAAGCUUCAGCCUUACAAAGAAGUAUUUGAAUUCUUCAUGGAAGAGUUUAAAACAUACAAGCCUUUAUUGGCUUCCAUCAAGAAUGAGUAUGACCUAACUAUAGCACAUCUUCAGGAAAAGCUCCACUCCUUGGAAGCCGUGAAUGCUGUCCUGGUCACAGCCUCCGAUCAAUUCACCCAACAAAUCCUGGCAAUACAGAAGCAAGAGAAAAUUGAAAUAACCACAUUGAAGAAGGAGAGACUCUACUUGCUAGAACUCAUUGACCAAAUGAGGGAAGAGAAGAGUUCUCUGGAGAUGCAGGUGUAUAAAAUGCGAAAGGCAGUGGCAGAAGAAUACCUCCGGUAUCUGAAUGAGUGUGAUGCACGCAAAAUGCUGAUUAUAGAUCUUAAUGAAAUAUACCGUCUGAAGGAAGAAAUGAAGCUCACCAAGGUCCAAGAUGAGAGAGGCGAAGACACAGUUAAGCUGUCGCUUGCAUUAAAGAUGGCACGCCAGGACCUCACCAAAGCACAAGUAGAUCUGAACACCAUGAGAGCAAACUAUGGAGACGUUGUGCCCAGGAGAGAGUUUGAAUUGCAGGAAAAAAAUUACAAUGAGUUGGCCGACAAGAUGGCAGCUCUCCAGAAAGAUUUUCAGGAUCUCCAGAGUGAGUAUGACACAUUGCUAGAUGUACACAAGCAACUUUCUGAGGAGCGGGACCAAUACUAUAAUGAACUCAUCAGUGUCCAGCGUGCCUCCACCCCUCGGCCCGAUUGGGACAAAUGUGCAGAUGUGAUUUCUGGUGGGCUUGAACGCUGGAGCAUUUUGUCAGAAGGCAAAACUAGUGACCAGCUGGUAGAUGUACUUUUGGAAGAUCUUGGCACAGGACUGCUGAAAGAAAAAGACGCCUUUGUGGGAAAGGGGAAAAACGAGAAAGUCCCUAUAUUCCUCAGGUGUGAUGGUCUGGUUAGAAACAAGAAAUUGUCCAAAAAGGAGGUUGUGGCCCUUCUAAGGGAAAUAUGGAGAGAUAAAAUUGCAUUUGAUCAACAGAAAGGAAAGCGAUCCAAACUUGCAGAGUUCUUCCUAAACUUCUUCCAGAAAAAGUAUGGCGACGUCUUUGCUUUCGACUGGACGUACACCAUUUUCGAAAAUAUCAAACUUUAUCGAUCCAAUGAAACUAUGACAAUGUUUCAUAACAUUCUGAUGGGAACUCUAGAUGAAGGAGUAUACCACAGCCAUAUCCAGCAGCUUAGCACAUUGUUCAAGGAGCUGACUGCUGCUGAUACUGUGAAUACUGGAGAGCUAACAAAUGAACAAUUUGCCCUUGCCCUCAAGACAGUUUUCCCUUCAAAAACCGAAGAAGAGAUACAAGAAUUACUUGAGGCAGCAGGAUACAGAUCAGAGCUUGACAGUAUUUCGUACAGGUCCCUCUUCUAUGAGGAUGAUGAGGGGAAAACACAACUCCUAGUUACAAAAAUCAAGAACCAGUAUUUGAACGAGAAGCAAACUUAUCUACGUGAGCUCCGUACUGAAUUAGGAACCCGGUUGGAAGUAAAGCCAGAUGACCUAAGGGCAGCAUUCUGCGCAAUUGACCCGGGUCUUCCUGAGCAAACGCUUGACUCUUACAUCUCUUGGGCGUUCCAGCUUCCAAAGGAGCAACUGGAUCCUUCUGAAACACUACAUAUAGAUCUACUGAUGCAAAGGCUUUUGAACGGAGAUAUUAGACGGCAAGAAGUUGUUUCAGGGGAUGCAAAGAAUUUGCCCUCAUCUGUCACAGGAGAAGAAACAGAGGCCUCUGUCAAUGUCUAAAUAGCCUAUCUCCUUUCUCUCUUCUGAACUUGAUGGAGUAAUUACAUUUUAGUGAGUAGUGGCCUAGAAUAAGCUUAGUCAACAUAAGACCAACUGAAAAAGUGAGGCAUAAAACAAAACUUCUGCUAGAACAGUGCUUUGUGAACCCAAAUGAGUAAGAGCUUUGUAGCAUAAAACCAAAUUGUUAUAAAUAACCCACUGGCGUGAGAGACGUAUGACUUUAAAUUUCUGAGCCAGAUUGUAAUAUUUCACAGAGGUAGCAUAUAUUAAGACAGAGUGACAGGAAGAUUAAAGGCUGCUCACACAAACUUAAAUAACUUUUCUCCACAACUGGAUGAUGAAACCCUAUACCAUUUAAAAAGUGUACACUUUGUUUUGCUUUUCUAAGUUUCAGACCCAUCAUCAAAUCUAAAUAGAUUCCAGGGCUACAAAAUAGGGUUAUUAAAAAAAACUUAAAAGUGAAAGUUACAAAAGAAGCUGCUUCCAUAAUUAGCCCCAUGAAGUAAGAGACCCCAAAAUUAGAAGCCAGAUAGACACACAGAACUGUUUUAAAUGCGUAGGCAUUCCUUAUUAGGAUUUUCACAUAAAAUGUAUUCAGUAUAUUUAUCUCUGCCAAGUAUAAACCUAGAUUUAGUUCAAUAGGCCAAGGUUGGCUCAGUAAGUGUUUGAUACUGGCUAAUUCAUUGAUUAGAUUUAAAUUGUCUUGCAGGCAAGUAGGGUUGAUGUAAAGAGAUAUCAAGCUGUUAUGUCUGACCAAAUAAAUGGAUAGUGAGUGAAUGUUGAGGGGAAAAGGCCAAUUCCAAUAUUUUUGCUCCAGGAACUGUGUUUAUGAAAUACUUUGCAGAGAAAACUGUUAUGAAGAUUUGGGCCAGGAAAUUAACUUGUGCUGAUAUGCAAAGCGGUGGUAUGUUGUUGUUCUUGUUCAGUCAGUUACUUUGCAAAAGUGCUGCCAUUCAUGGGUUUUCUAAGUCAAGUAAAUUUGAAUUGUAAAGGAAA